GCUUCGUAUCAUUCCGUACAAUCUCUAUCAAUUUCUGUUUUUUGUAAAACCUCUCCCGGAAAGAGAACUCCCCAAAGAAGAAGAGAACUCGCUGAUAGAUUUCUCUUUCCUCUUCACGAAUCGAGUUUCAUGUUUUAAUUCGACGCUUAAACUCCACCAUGGCCAUCCGAUUCCGAUUCAGGAGCUCUGCGAACUACGACUCGCUCCUCAUUGAAGGCCAACCUUCAAUUUCAAUUCGCGAUCUCAAAGCUAAAAUAGUCAACAACAAGAAUCUCAAUAUUUGCCAAGAUUUUGAUCUCGUUUUCUCUGAUGCCGAAACUGGUCAAGAAUAUUAUGAUGAAAAUAUUCAACUUCCAAGUGGUUCAAGUGUGAUUAUCAAGAGGGUUCCUGCUGGAUCAGCACGUGCAGAUAUAGGACAUGUUAAAUCUCUUGAAAAUAUCAGGAUUAAAGAAACGAAUAUGGUUAGGACCUCUCCUCAAGCGAAUGUGGAAGUUGAUAACUUUGAUGACUUUGGGGUUGAAUUGUGUCCAAUUCCUGAGGCAACCAUAUCCGGUUCUGAUCUUGAUCUGGUUGUUGAUAAGCAAUUCUGCACUACCAAUGAUGAGACACCAAGAUAUUUUGAGAUUUCUAGGGUAGGAUGUCAGAAACUUGAAGCAAGUGAACUGAUUGAAGCUAUUCCAACAAGACCUUUAAAUAUUGGUGACAAUGAGGAUAUAUCACCAAAGAAGAUGGUUACUGCCAAUCCUCAAGCCAUGCAAAAUGUUGAUUUGCCAGCCGAGCUGAAAUGCUCUCUUUGUGAAACUUUUUUCAAGGAAGCCAUGAUGAUACCUUGCUGUCAGCAUAGUUUUUGUGAGAAAUGCAUUCGGCUAGUGCUUAUUGAGAAGAGAAGGUGUCCCAAGUGCUUAUCUACCAAAUACACAGUAGAAGAUUUGCUACCAAAUGUUUCUCUUAGACAAGCAAUUGAACAUUUCCUUGAAUCUCAAAUUCUAAUCAGAAGUUCAGACAAUGCCUUUGGGUAUGCUCCAGAUGGAGAAUCUGGAAUUCAAGUGAAAGAAAUGUCAUGUGCUGUGAGUAUUCACCAAAAAGAAGCAGUGUUGCCUCAUUCUCCCUGUGCUACAGGAAGAGGUUCCAAUCAAAUUAUUGGAAAAUCAGUUGGUGGCAAAUCAUUGCUCCAUCAUAAGCUAAAAGAAACACAUGCAGGAAAACAUGGCCUCAGACAUCCUGUGGAUUCAGAUAGAGGAUCUGAGGACUUGGUUUCUGAUUUUCAAGGGGAAAAUCAGCCCAUGCAUGAGGAAGCUGAGUCUACCAUGAAGAAGAAGAAAGCAUCAUGGGUGAACACUGCAGGUGUAGACAGAAGCUUUGUGGAGAUGGGAAGGCACAGAAAGGGCGACCGUACAUGUUUCAUGUGUGGAUCUCCAGAUCAUUUUAUAAGAGACUGCCCAGCUGCUUCAAGUCCACAUCCUAUGCUUCAGACAGGAAAUGCCAUGUUUCCAGGAGCUAUGCCAGGUUUUUUAUCACCUUGGGGUUCCUUUCCUCAAAUCAGGCCUUUUUUAAGCCCGUACGGCAAUCCCUAUGCUCCAGCAAUUUUUCCACCCACAACCUUUGCUGUUCCCACUUAUAUGCCAUCUAUGUUUGGUGGUGUGGCUCCCUAUGGUGGUUUUACAAGAGUUGGGGGUUUGGCAUGCCCAGUAGGGCCCAGUGCAGAGUGGCAUGUAGACCGUUCAGAUGGUCAGGAGCUUCAAGGUUAUGAGAAGAGACAGAAGGUUUCACAUAAUAAUUUGGGAAGGAGACAAUCUUUUGAUUAUGAUGAAGAUGCUAGCUUUAACAAGAGACAUAAUGAGACAGAAAGAUCACCUGGUCUCAGAACUCAUCGAGACGGGGGACGUAGUGCAAGCCACUCUAGGGACAGCUUUACUGACAGCCCACGUCGGAAACACCGGCAUCAUGUUAGUUUUGAUUAUGAACUGGAACGGUCAAGUUCAGAAGUAGAAGAUAUGCCAAGUAGCUCCAACUGGCACAGCGAAGAGCAACUUAAGCGCCGCCAUAGGAACUCCAAGAAGCAUGACGGUAGAAUAGUGCACAUUGGUGGUGAUUCUAGACAUAGUCACCGUCAGCAUCAAACUCAAAGUAAACCAAAAGAUAUAAAAAGAAUGAGAGUUGCCUCUGAAGGCAAAAGAGAUGAGCGGAAGCAUCAUAGCCAAUCAGAAUCUGGUUUGCAACCAAGCUUGUCCAGUGAUCAUAAAACACAAUGGAAAGAAAGAGAUUGCAGUUAUGGAUCAAGGCAUUCUAGGCACAAUUCAUGGUCCAUGAAUAAUGAUCCGAGUCAUGAAAGGUGGCAGAUGGUCAGUGGAUCAGACGAGGAUGAAGACCAUCAUUACUAUAAGCGAAAAAGACUUCACUGACAUCAAGAGGACCUAAUAUGAGGCAAAUGUGUAUGAGAAGUUGCAUAUCUCAGCUUAGGCGAUCCAUCUGGUACCCUUUACUUUUCCUUUUAGGUAAUCUGUAUCAGUUUAUUACCAGCAUUCUUUAUCAUCUCUUUAAUUGCCACAGAAUAACGGGUUAGAAUACUUAUUUGGGUUCACACAGGCAUGUUUUCAUCUAAUCUGGAUUCUUCUGAUGGUUUUGUUGAUACAGAAUUACAGAUACUAGUUGACUUGAGUGGUCGGCUUUUGGAAGUAGCUUCAUGGAUAUCUUUUAUUUAAUAUAUAUACAGCUUACUAACCCUCUUCAUUUUUUUAGCUUGAGCUUUGGAGGCUUGCAAACAGUUUACCCAGAGGAGCUAUUGUUAAUUUAAUUUAGGGUUUGGUUGCUUUGUGCUGUGCUCAAAUGUUUUGUGGAGAUUGUUGAAGCUGGUAAAGGUACGUUUCUAUUCUCACACCGCCAAUACAAAGAAUAAAAUAAAAUGGGGAAAAAAAGAAUGAAAGAGAAAGUUCUCCAAGGACAUCUUUUUCCCUUUUACUUGAAAAUUUGAGGCCCUUACCUUUUCUUGAUGCUGUGUCUGGUCUCCUGUUGUCUGAUCUUUCGUCCCCUUGAACUUUGAUUGACGGUCACAUUAGGUUUAUCUGAACGUUGAUUGUUACAGUCAAUUGGUUUGUCCAUUUUCUUUUCUUUUUGUUUUUAUAGGUUAGUACCCUUGCCUAAUGCUUACAGACCAACUCCUGCCUCCUAAACCAUCACAAGUAAAUCUACAAAAUGAUGGGUUUUCAGAGUUUCGUUUCUUCCAUAAAUAGGCUAUUUAUCGGUUUCUUUGAUAAUUUAUCCAUUAUGGCCACUCUGUGUUCUGUUGUCCGUAGAGUCCUCCCUUUUGAAACUUUGAAGUCGGUAUUUACUCGAGUGGUUGUUGUUUUCUGUUUCUCCUCUCCCGCACACCCAUCACAGAUGCGAGGAGAGGGGAACAAAAAAAUCGAUUAUUGGGUGCGUUUUCAUUGUGUUCUUUUUUAAAGUUUUUUAUUUGAUAAAAAAUACAACACGUGAAAAACUGAUAAAAGUAUACUAAUUUAAAAUUCUCCACUAAAUUUUUGUUGCUGAUUUAUUAAACCAUUAUAUUAAAAUGUUAAAGAAAAUUUACCAUUUAGUGAAGGAUUUUAAAUUGGUAUAUAAGAGUUUAAUUGCUUAAAAAAAGAAGUUGAAUUGGACUUUAAGCUUUAAAGAAAAGGAAAGAUAAAUAUGAACUUUUUUUAACAGCUGAUUAACAUCCUUUUAUUUCUCUACUCAUAAUAAUCGAUUAGGAAUAUAUGUUGUAGAAAAUUUGGUGUAGGGUGCAGGUGAGUUGAAUUUCAAAUUCGUAUAGUAGUCCAUCUAACCGAGAGGCCCAUCAUCAACUCAGCUACAGGGGUCUGUAGAGCCCAUUGAAAAAUCAGCCUAUGAAGAUUAGAUUUCUGGAAUCUCUUGAGCCAUUCUGAAGCCCAAUUGCAACAACGAUUUGUGCCGCUUUGCAGAAAACACGAAGGAGAAAACUCGGCUAAGCAAAAGCAUCCUUCUAUAUCAUGUGAGAAUGGUACUUGUAAUUGGCCAAGCUUAUGCAAGCAACGGAAGAAGCAAUUUCUCCAGCUACGAUAGUUUAAAAGGGAAUGCAAACACACACAGGAUGAAGGAGACGAUAACUCUACCAAUCAAAAGCAUCCUUCUAGAUCACGUGAGAAUGGCACUUCUAACCAGCCAAUCAUAUGCAACAUUGCAAGUGGGCCAGAGGCUGUAAAGACUAGACUCUCAAAGAGAACUGGACGUUGAGUCACCACCGCUUGAAACAACGGAAGAACAAUCCAAAUCGAAAUAAUGUCAGUCAGAAAGGGAAGUGUUUUUCGACGACUAUUUUGCACUUGUUGACACAAACCACUAGAAGUCCAGAUAUGGAGAGUUUGUCCUAUAAAGUAACUCAAAACAUGCACAAAAAAACACAGACAAGCAGUCCAAAAAGAAAUUCAACCUACAAAUAAAACAUAAACACAAAAAGAUUAUCUAAAUCCAACUCGACGGUAGGUAGAAUACAUCCAAAUGCGAGUCAAGGAAAGAGGCCCGUGCUUGAAGAGGCAUAGGAGAAUCGAUGGCGCUGCGGGUGAUGAGACCGGAAGCCCAUAGAAACAAGUGACAGCUAAGGUGAAAGUUUUAAAGGCGUAGUUGGAUUAUUCAUAGGAACCACAGGAAUUUGAAGGGUAGAGGAGAAAAA